GGCAGCUAGAGAUCACCUCAGCAGCCCCCACCACGGCCGGACCGAAGGUGCGGCGGCGGAGGGGAGCCAGGGCGCCCCAGCAGGUUUCCAGUAAUUAUCUGCAAGAUUCGCCAUGACCCCGGCGCUGAGAGAGGCAGCAACAAAGGGUAUCUGCUUUUCAUCUUUGCCAAGCACCAUGGAAUCUGACAAGAUGCUGUGCAUGGAAAGUCCGAGAACUGUAGAUGAAAAGCUAAAGGGAGACACUUUCUCUCAAAUGCUGGGAUUUCCAACUCCUGAACCUAAUCUUAACACUAAUUUUGUGAACUUAAAACACUUUGGCUCCCCUCAGUCUUCAAAACAUUAUCAGACAGUUCUGUUAAUGAGUUCUAACUCAACCUUAAAUAAAUACAGUGAGAACUGUAAACAAAAGAAAAUAGGGGAACCCAAUUGCAAUAAGCUGAAAAAUAUACUGUGUAACGGCAGCAACAUUCAGCUCAGUAAAAUCUGCCAUUCUCAUUCUGAAGAGUUCAUCAAAAAGGAACCUCUCUCAGAUACCACAAGCCAGUGCAUGUCAGAUGUACAUAUUAUUUUGGAUUCAAAUAUAGCCAAAGACACUAAUGUUGAUAAAGUACAACUGAAAAAUUAUAAGUGGUAUCAAAAGAAUGUACUUUUAGAUAAAGUUACUGAUGCUGAGAUUAAAAAGGGCUUAUUGCACUGUACUCAAAAGAAAGUUGGGUCUGGCAACUCAAAUGUGCCUACAAGUUCCUCAGCUGUUAAAAAAGAAGAAGAAGUGAAUGCUCGUUUACUUCAUUGUGUAAGUAAACAGAAGAUUUUACUUAGCCAGGCUAGAAGAACUCAGAAACAUUUGCAGAUGCUCCUAGCAAAGCAUGUUGUUAAGCACUAUGGUCAGCAAAUGAAAUUUUCUAUGAAACAUCAACUCCCCCAAAUGAAGAUCUUUCAUGAACCUGCCACAAUUUUGGAUAACACUUUACCUAAAUGCACUGAAAUUAAGCCAGAAGUCAAUAUAUUAACUGCAGAGAAUAAAUUGUGGGACGAUACAAAAAAUGGCUUUGCACAGUGUACUGCUGCAGAAAUCCAAAGAUUUGCAUUGUCUGCUACAGGGCUGUUGUCUCAUGUUGAAGAGGGUCUGGAUUCUGAUGCAACUGAUAGCAGUUCCGAUGAUGAUUUGGAUGAAUAUACCAUUAGAAAAAAUGUGGCAGUUAACUGUAGUACUGAAUGGAAGUGGCUUGUAGACAGAGCAAGAGUUGGCAGCCGAUGGACAUGGCUUCAAGCCCAGAUUUCAGAGCUAGAAUACAAAAUCCAGCAACUAACGGAUGUUCACAGGCAGAUUCGUGCUUCCAAGGAGAUAGUGAGCUUAGAAGAAUGUCAACUUCCAAAAGACAUUUUGAAAAAACAAAUACAGUUUGCAGACCAAGAAGCUUCUUUAAACACUACAGGGAAUCCUCAGAUUUCCCAAGAGAGUCAAGAUCCUUUACCAGAACAAGAUUUUGAAAUGUCACCAAGUAGCCCAACACUACUACUUCGCAACAUAGAGAAACAGAGUGCACAGUUGACUGAAAUCAUCAACAGCUUGAUCGCCCCUCUCAACUUGUCCCCCACUUCAUCACCCCUCUCAAAAUCCUGCAGCCAUAAAUGUCUGGCCAAUGGCAUUUCCAAAAGUACUUCAGAGAAUAUAGAUGAGCUCUCUUCCUCCAGUAGCUGGUUACUUAACCAGAAGCACAGUAAGAAAAGGAGAAAAGACAGAACAAGAUUGAAAUCUCCAUCCUUCACUGUUAUGAGUACAGCAGCUCGAACAAGGCCACUUCAGAGUUUCCACAAACGAAAGCUCUACAGGCUGAGCCCUACUUUUUAUUGGACUUCACAGACUUUGCCUUCUUCAAAAGAAAAAUUUUUAACUACUACUCAGAUGCCUUGCCUGCAGUCAGCUUCAACAUGGAGUAGCUGUGAGCACAAUUCAAAGUCUGAACUAUUAAGAGAACACGUAUCCGAGUUAGAUUCUUCUUUCCAUUCUGUUUUGUCAUUGCCAUCAGAUGUGCCUCUUCAUUUUCAUUUUGAAACAUUGUUAAAAAAGACGGAAAUAAAAGGAGAUCUUACUGAAAAUAAGUUUAUAGGCGACUGUAUCAUAUCUCCAUCACCUGUACAUAAUACUUCUUUGAAUCAGUGGAGAAAUGGGUAUUUUCCUACAUGUAAAUCUCAAAUAAAAUCAGAAUCUUCUGCACAGAUGUUACAAGGAAGAAAGAAAAGACAUUUGAGUGAAACAGCAUUAGGAGAAAGAACUAGAUUUGAAGAAUUUGCUUUUCAGCGCACUGAAUCAGGAUCCCAUAACAAUUUUACUGCUGUUACUAAUGCGAAUGUUAUGCCAAGACCCCAGACUUCAUCAUCACAAAGUACUGCACGACGGAGAUUGAGAAGUGAAAGCUCUUAUGACAUAGACAAUAUUGUCAUUCCCAUGUCAUUAGUGGCCCCAGCUAAACUAGAGAAACUUCAAUAUAAAGAAAUACUUACUCCAAGUUGGAGGAUGGUUGUUCUUCAGCCUUUGGAUAAAUAUAAUUUUGGUGAAGAAGAGGUAGAGGAUCUUUCUGAUGAAGCCUUCUUCCUAAGACACAAAAAAUAUGAAGAAAGAGAACAAGCUAGAUGGUCACUGUGGGAGCAAAGCAAGUGGCACAGAAGAAACAGCAGGCAGGUGUUAUAAAAUCAAUCCCCAAAUCAUGGAAUCUAUGCAGAAUCAACAGAAAUUCUGCAUGAAUGCAGCCACUUAACGUACAUUAUCAGCUAUUUGUGCAAUCAAACUGAAAAUGGACUUACAUUCAAAAUAUAUUUGGAAGAAUUUAACUGCAUAAUGUUGAAAUAAAAUGUUUUAUUAUAUUCAUUGUCAGUCUUGGAAAUAGAUCUAAGUCAACAAAUAAUAUGGCAAUUCAUUCUAGUUAAUGUAGGCUAUCCCAAUAUAUUAAUGAACUUUGGUGCAACUGAAGUUUAGAAUACAUGUAUUUUAUUAUUUUGGUUUUUUGUUAUUUUUGCUGUUUUUGUCCACACCCAGCUCACUGUUCUGCAGACAGGGAUCACUCCUCGCAGAGCUUUGACCUAUGUGGUGCAUGGGUAAAAAUCAGGUUGACCACAUGCAAAGCAAGCACCUAACCUGCUGUACUAUCCAUUCCUGUGUAAUCUAUUUUAUAUAACAGCUUCAAAACAGGUUAAAAAAAAAAAUCCCCCAAACCUGUUCAUUUGAAAAAGAGAAUUAUCUAAAAUACUCUGCACACUGGGGGGAAAUACUUUGGGGGAGAAAAAAACUUUAUCUUUUAAUAUCUUUUAACAAAAUAUUUUAAAUGAGAAAGUCAAUGUUUUAUUUACAUUGGGCGUUUCGAAAAUAUUCAUGAUUUAUUUUUUGGUUUUGGGGCCACCAUAUAGUGUUCAGGGCUUACCCCUGGCUCUGCACUCAGGGAUCACUCCUGAUGGGCACAAGAGGCGAUAAGGGGUAUCAGGAAUCAAGCCUGGGUUUUAGCUGCUGUACUAUCUCUCUGUCCCCUACAUGUGACUUUUUAAUUUUAAUUAAUACGUAUUUUACUAUUAUAAAAGAAAAUAUUUGAAAUACUUAGAUGUAAGCAAUUCAAAUAUUCUGAAGUUCUUAGAUGUAAAAUCCUGGGAACUUUCUUUAUUGACAUUUUUAUUGUUGUCCAAACUCAAAAAAGAUCAUGACAAACUCUGGCACAUCUUUUAGUGAGGGGCCACUACUCAAUUAGUAUUGUCAAAAUUCAUUUGUUUAGUAAAUGCUAGACUUGAGAUUUGUUUUUGAUUUGAUUUCAAUGAUUAUCCAAACCUAAGUAAGAUUCAGUUCUCAUCUACAUUCCAGAAAUGUAUUUUACCAGAAUCACCAAGGAAGAUUCUAGGUAUUCUAACUCACAAAGACCAUUAAGGGAAGGCCACACAGAUAGUACAGUGGGUAAGGUGCUUGUCUUCCACACUGAUGACUCAGGAUCAAUCCCUGGCAUCCCAUAUGGUCCCCCAAGCAUCCAGGAGUAAUUCCUGAGUACAGAACCAGGAGUAACCUAGGUGUGGACCGCCCUGCCUUGCCACCUGCCCUCCCCCGCCCUGCCCCCCACCAAAUACCAUUAAGAGUUAAAGUUUUUCUUAUUUUCUGGGGAAAAAUAAAAUCAGAAACCAGUUUGGCAAAAAUUUAGCUGGCAAAAGAUUCAUAAAGUACUAUUUAAGAGUCUGAGGUGAAAUAAUAAAUAGCAUCAGGAAGAUGAACAGGUGAAUUUUUAAAAUAGCUUUUGGGCAGAUCUAUUUAAAUAAAAUCUAUCAAGCUAAAUUCACUAAGGUAUAUAAUUUUAUAGCUUUGGGUUAUUCUUAAAUCUCAAGACUUCAAGAAAUAUUUUCUUCAUUUUCUUGUUAGAGCUUACAGUAAAAACAUUGAAGGACAAGACUUGCUUAUGAAAGAAUACCCAAAUGACUUUAGUAAUAAUCAACAUUGUACUUCUGAAAGCCCUGCUGAAUUGCCUUCAGAGAGCCAUGACUUGGGUGCAUACGG